AUGGCGAGAAUUCUCGCCGUGGCCGCUGCCGGCACAGUGGCCUUACUGGUGUGCUGCUCAUGUGGGGUUCGAGGUAAGGAGGAUGAGGACGUGCUGGACUCCCUCGUCGAGUUCCUUGCCACGCUCGCCGGUGGCAGCGCGAGCGGCCACGCGAAGGCGCGGGAGCUCGGCUGGGACGCGUCGACCGACCCGUGCGACGGCAGCGCCUCGAAGUGGGGAGAGUCCGUCAGGUGCUUCGAAAACGGCGCGAGUGACGCCGGCCUGAUCAAGGUUAUCGAUCUCCAGUCCCUGGGCCUCGACGGCACCAUCGACGCGGAGCUGCUCUGCACCGCGCCGGCGCUCCGCGUGGUGAGCCUGCAGAACAACACGCUGCGCGGCGGCCUCCCGGCGGGCGUCUCGGCCUGCUCGGAACUCACCCACCUCUACGUCGGCCGCAACUGGCUCUCCGGCGCCCUGCCGAGCUCCCUCGGCAACCUCGGGAAGCUCCACGCGCUUGACGUCUCCAGGAACGAUUUCUUCGGCGAGAUCCCCGCCGGACUCAGCCACCUUCACGGCCUCAUAAGGUUCAACGCCAACGACAACCACUUCCAAGGCACCAUUCCUGAUUUCGACCUCGCCAGGUUCGAGAGCUUCAAUGUGUCCAACAACAACCUUACCGGACCUAUCCCCAAGAGCACCGGACACUUCCGCGGCGACAGCUUCGCGGGCAACGCCCCCGGCAUGUGCGGCGAGCCUGUGUUCCCUCGGUGUCCCUUUGAGGAAAGCAAAUCAAGGAAGACGCCUGCAUGA